AUUGGAGACGGGGCGCCAAUUUGAAAGCUCCAGUGAGCUCCAGCAAUCGUAGGCUUAUCAUAGACUUUAUUGACUUUAAGCUUCCGUCAAGGUUCAGUCCAGGGAGCAUCCUCGCUCGUUCUGUUGAUCAGUUGGGUUGGUAGGCCCUCCACGCUCUUUUUAAUUUUAUUUCUUUGGCCGUAUCCAUCCCUCUUGGAUAUCGAUACACUCAUUUCAACUAGUAGAUCGCAACAAGUUUCUUGUUGCAGUUGUGCUGCGCUGCUAGGUGUAUCCCGAGGCGCGUCCAAGUCUUGGGAUACGACUGCUCAUACUCACCAUGUUCACAACCAUUCUGGCCGCGGUGGCCUUGCUAGCCACCACUAUCACAGCUAUUCCUAAUCCCGUCCAACCUGAAGACGUGCCAACCACAACGCCAUCUGCAACAGCAACAACAAUAAACACCGACAGCGACGCUCUCUGGGUCACAGUCGACUCCGACGGCAAACCCAGCACCGUCACCCCCAUCCGCACAACCAUCUCAGGCACUCCCACCCUUCUCUCGGGCGCGCCCAACAAACUGACCGCCACGGUACAAACACACACCAUCCACGGACAAGUAACAACAAGCACGGGCGCCGCGCCCCUUGCAACGGCCACCGCCGCCGGCGGCGCAGGCUCCUUCGAAAUCUGCACCAACGAAUCCGGUCCUCUAGCGCCGUGGUGUAUCCCCACCGAUGGCAUGCCUCUCUAUCCCGGCUCGACGUACUACUUCACCUGGGAUGCCAGCUACUUCAGCUCCAGCAACACGACGCUCCGCGUCCAGGGGAACUACUUCAAUUCCAGCACGGGCCUAACCACCACGCAAGCCUUCCAAAGCGACAACAUUCUCGUUUCAUGGGGGUUCUGGACUUACACCAUCGACAAGUCCCUCAUGCAGCAGACUUCAGGGGUGAACAUCUCGCUGCAGCUCGCUGCUCUCCGCAUUGGGGGCCAAAAAGCAGAGAUACUUAAGGGCCCCACUGUCUUGGUGACCAACCCGCCUGUUUACCAACAGGCCCCUGCAAACGCCCCCGUCGGAUUGGCGCUCUACAUCGGUCUCCCCGCCGUCCUAGUCUUCGUGGUGGUCUGUAUCGUGGGUACCUUCCUCUGGAACCGCCAGCAGCGGCGCAUUGGGCUGGGCAACAUCAUGUCGCGCAGUCGACACGGGUAUAGCGUGGGCCGGAGCGCACGAUCCCGAAUGCGACUUGGAAAGGACCGUAAAAAGAACGGCAGCGACAGGAAAGCGGCGGAGGAGCGUAUCCAGCUCAUGGAGCAGGAGGUCGCGGCUGAGAGGGGAGGGGUGUAUCGUGACAUACCAGAGUCUGAGUAUGAGCCCGAAGGGGGUAGGCCGAGAAGGGACAGCGAUGCGUUGGGGAGCUUGGCGGGGACGCCGACGGAGGAUCGGAGGAUGGAAUUCCAACGGCCGGGGGGGAGGGAUGAUGGGAGGAAUUUAUUUAGGGACGAGAUGAAGAGGCAGGAUGGGGAGAGGUUGUAGCGGAUCUCCCGCUUGGGCCUGUUCAUGUCGUCUCGAAUCGAGAGGGAUAUGAGAAGGUUGAGCAGCUGCGUAAUGAUAAUUCGAUAGGCCUUGGAAGGGGUCUAUGAUGCAGCCUGUUUGGGAAGUCGCAAUAUCUCAACUGGCAAGCAUAGUUUUUCAAUGUAAUUCGAACCACAACGUGGUCUCAGUUGCUCUAGCUUGUAGCACCGAGUUUCAUGGACUAAUUUACAAUAUUAAUGUCUUA